AUGGCGGAGUGUCAGGUGUCGGCGUUGCUACUGGAGAUAAAAAAUGCUCUUUAUCCAGAAGUUACUGCCAAUGUGGGUUUGUCAGUUCGGCUGAGGUCAAAGCCUGUAAUGAACAAAGUCAAGAAAGUUCAUGGUUCUGCAUAUAUGCUUGCCAACAUAUCUAGGAAUUUAUGUUCAUCCAUUCAGGAAAGCGUGCUAAUCGUACCAUUAAUGGCUCAAAUACGAAGCCACCUAUCUUACCCUAUUGAAUUCUCCUCCGAUGGUUCCGGAUUUUGUUCAUUUGACGAGAUUCAACGUCGUGGAAUGGACAAUCUGAAGCAGGCCCUUUUACGGACAAUUGAUAAAGCACAAAGCACAGGGGACUUUCCAACCGAAAAAGUUCCUACUUCUCGGAUCAAACAAAUAUCUGUCUCCUCCGUUGUAAAUAAGCGUCGAAGACAGGAAGAUCGAUGGUUUUUCGAACCGGAUCUUGUUGCUUAUGCGCCCAUAGACGGGGACCGGGAGGAGAAUCUGUCCAAGUUGCAGUGUCAUGACUAUCCCCAAAUUGUCGGGUGUGGUGUUUUCGAUGGUCACGGGGGACCGGAGGCAGCUGAGCACUGCUCAAACCUGGCGCCUUUUCUCCUCAGUCGUCAUCUGCAGCAACGCUUCCUUGAGACAUCGGCUCUUCGCCGCUCCUCCGAAACCAUUCCCGACAUCCUCACAAGGGUCAUCCACGAACUAAACUUUUCAGUUGCAGAAUGUCAUCGGCAGAAGUUAUGGAACUCGGGUACAACGGCGACCAUCUGCCUGAUUUAUGGUGAUUACAUCUACACCGUUUGGAUAGGGGAUUCCCAAGGAGUGCUUUUUGGCCACGCCAACAAUGCCACCAAGUCCACGUCCUCACACCAAAGCUCCAAUGAACCAGUACCACAGAAAGAACCCAUUCGGCUCACUGAAGCAUCCAUCCUUCAAACUGCACCGUCUUCAGCUCCGGGCACCACCACCAUCGAUAUCCCUCACAUCGAUGAGGCUGAAAUGGCGAAGAGUGGAAAGAAGCAUACUCCGCGACCCCUCAUCAUGGGGUCAAUUGAAUCGCCCUCCAUCGCUGCGAGCGCCCUCAUCUCCCCGACCUCUCCGCGCACGAGAGCUGCUCGCUGGGGUCUUUCUUUUGCCUGGCUCACCUCCCUGGUCCGCGGCGGUGGAGGCAAUAGUGCCAGUAGCAAGGAAUUGAGCCCCUCAGAGGUGCCGCAGGCGCAGUUACGAGUUCGCGCACCUCUUGCCACGCAGGAAGUGGAGGAGUCUGAGUUAAUGGAAGUGGAAGACCAACCGACAACGCCGGUACCGGUGUCGAGGGCAGUAGUUCACAGCGUUGCUCGAGUGCCCUUUCGCUACGGCUCGUUACCCAUCGGGAAGAAGAAGGAACGCCAGCAUAAUCAUCACCAGCAAGGGACAGGGGGCGGAGGAGGGUGGAUAGGAGGCGUUUCGAGCCCUCAUUGA